GAUUCAUUCAACCACUUUAAUUUUCCCAACAACAAAAAAUCAUUACAUUUUUUUCUUGUUCUUGGUUCUUAUUUUUCGCCGACACACACUCACUCGCACACUCAACACAUUGAACAAGCUCACUCACACUCUCGUGUUCCUUUUGCUUUGAGCCACUCUCUCUCUUCAUUACUCUAAGCUUGGAAUCUCCAUCUAUCUGUCCCUUUCUUUAAUGGCAUUGCCUUGUACAACCAGUCACGAUCUGGAACCCAACCACUACGCUCUUCUUACUCCUACCCCCUUCUCCAUCCUCUUCUUCUGCUUCCUUCACAUCUCUUGAUUCUUCUCCAUGCUACUCUUGCAUGUGCUCCUCCUCACCUGAACCAAACCAAUACCAUAAUGGCUCAUCAUCAUCAUGCCACUUCCCCUGUUUCGCUGUUUCUCGCUGAGUUCUUCUCAUUCUCUUUGAUUCUCGCUGCUGCUCUUCUUCCUAUUGCCUCAGCCAACACUGACCCUUCUGAUGUUCAAGCUCUUCAGGUCAUGUACAACUCGUUGAACAGUCCAUCUAUGCUAACGGGUUGGAAAGUCGGCGGUGGUGAUCCAUGCGGAGAGUCAUGGAAAGGGAUAACUUGUGAGGGCUCAGCUAUUGUUUCAAUUGAGCUUUCAGGUUUAGGACUCAACGGAACUCUGGGAUACUUGCUUUCUAACCUUAUGUCACUGAGAAAGCUUGACUUAAGUGACAACAAGAUCCACGACGCCAUUCCCUAUCAGUUGCCGCCGAAUCUUACAAGCCUAAAUCUUGCAAGAAAUAACUUAACUGGGAAUCUUCCUUAUUCUAUUUCUAUCAUGGCUUCACUCAAUUAUCUGAAUUUAAGCAAUAAUUUGCUCUCCCAGUCAAUUGGUGACAUUUUUGCUAAUCUUACUAAUCUUGCUAACCUUGUUUCCCUAGAAUCGAAGGAAGGAACAAAGUCAGAUAGAAUCAGAUUCAAUUUCAAAAUUACGAAUGGAAUCAUCGAUUUGCGUGAAAAUGAAGCAAAGCAAAGCGAAGUAAGUGUAUGAAUGACAGUAAUGGCGAGAUAGGUUGCUUACAGUGAGAGGAAGGUUGGUGCGAUCGUUAGGCUUCAUUCUGGCGCGCAACAAAAUGGAGAGAGCUUUCUUCUUGUUCAUGUUUGUUUGGGUUGGUAUAUAAAUAUAUUCGCAAUCGAAAUCAAAAGCGGUAGAAUCAAUUAACCAAUCCAAAUUGGGUUUAGGACUGUUUCUUACAUGAUUUUUCAGCCACAGCCUUUACUCUUUUUCAUUUCCACGUUUUUCUCACCAAGUGUUGCGUUGCGUUGCUUGCAGUCCACAACAAUAUAACAUCUGUUCUUGGUGUUAUAUGAUAAUUCAUGACACUCACUAUAAUAUUCAAUAAUACUAUAUCUUAAUUUUCUGA